AUGCACGACCGAUCACCACAAAAUUCAUUCAAGAAUUUUAAGAAGAAAAAUAUGAGGAAAUGUGGUUGGUGUGGCAACAUUAAACAUGCUAAAGAGCAAUGUCCUGCGAAAUCGUCUGAAUGUCAUAAAUGCCAUAAAAUUGGUCAUUGGGCAAAAGUUUGCAGAUCAACAGGGACGACAUUCAAGAAACAAAGAAAUGCAGCUAUGCUUCGAUCAUCAAAACAAGAAAUACAUCCAGAUUACUAUGCUAGCUCACUAAAUAGUAUUCAAAGAACAUUUGCAGCAACAAAAGACCUGAAAAUAGGCAAAGAACACAUCAAAUUUCUAAUUGACACGGGAAGUGAUGUCAACACACUACCAGCGUGGAUGUAUAAAAAGGCAACAGGUGACUACAGAUUACGACAUGUAAAGAAGGCUCGUGAAAGUUUUAUGUGUUAUAAUGGCCAAUCAGUGCAUACCAUUGGCAACGUCAACUAUAACUGUUCAGAUGACAGUGGAAAAACACACAAUUUAAACUUUCUGCUUUUGAAUGACCAAGUUGAUCCCUUAAUUGGUAUUCAAUCAGCUAUAAAGACGCAAUUAGUAACACUGCAUCGUGUAGAAAACCCAGCCUGUAUGUCUAUGGAAAGCAAACAAGAACAAAAACUUAAAAGCAAGCAACAUGUUUUAUCAGCUUACCCACAAGUAUUUGCUGAUAUUCCAGGUGACAUAGGAGUCACACAUCACAUUUGCAUAGAUAGCAAUGUACAGCCUGUUUAUCACAAACAGCGUAAAGUGCAAGAACCUCUUCGAGUCAAAGUUAAAGAAAAACUUGACAUGAUGGAAAAACAAGGUAUCAUAAAGCCGGUAUCAGAACCGACAGACUGGCAAAGUUCGAUGAUAACUGUACUCAAACCAAAUAAAGAAAUAAGAAUAUGCUUAGAUUGCAAAGAGCUGAACGAUGCAAUAAAGCGCGAGUACUAUACUAUGCUAACUUUUGAAGAAAUAGCUUCUCGUCUAAAUGGUGCGAGAUAUUUUACAAAGUUAGAUGCUAAACAUGGUUACCACCAGAUUCGUUUGGAUGGAGAAUCAUCUUUUCUAACCAUAUUCAGCACACCAUUUCAAAGAUACAGAUUUCUGAGAAUUCCUUUUGGUUUAAACAAAGUCAUCUGUAUCUUUGCCAUCUAA